AUGGCAGCAUACUACCCAGACAGUCCAAGUGAAGAGGAUAAAUCAAAUAUAUCUCUAUUUCUUGAUACUUUUAUGGAAGUUGGAAUAGAUUAUGAAGACUGGGGAAAGAAUUUCCUUAAAAAAAUGAGAGAAGAAAACCCUGUAGAUCUCUCAAGCAGAUAAAAUUUUUCAGUUUGGAUGUGCAAAUAACACAAUCUAUUCAACAAAGAAAAAGGUAAAAACAUGUAUGAUUGCGAAUAUUAGAAUCUCAAAAAGAGAUGGGGUCCAAUGUGA